AUGAGAGUUAUGCGCUUUUGCCGAUGGUUUCUUUCAAAAAUGUUGCGAAACGCAUCGCGUGUAAAUGUUUUUCUAGCAAUAAUAUGCACAGCUGCCGUUGUUUUUAUGUGGAAUAAAUGCAAUGUGGAAAAAAUACAGAAAGUUGAUGCACAUACUGAGCUGAACUCACGCGACAUUUUGCCAUUUAAAAAUACCAUCAACAAUGAACGAUAUGAUACAGAAGAUGAAGGUACUACUUUUCACGAAACCAAUGAAAACUCGGUCGUUUUGUUUAAUGAAGGCGAGAAUAACGAUGAUCAGAACGACGCAAAGUCAAAUCGUCAUAAUGAGCAAACGCCAAAACAUAUCGAAGUACUAGUUAAUGGUGAAACAAAGAUUGAAGGUCGCCUUGAAGACGAGGAAGUUUAUAUUCCGUUUUCAUUUGUGCGAGACUAUUUUGAACUCGAGGGCAAAAUUGUCAGCGAUUAUUUUGAAAAGUUUCACAUUCGACAUACCAAUUAUGAAUAUUUUAAACCCACAAACAACAAGUAUAAUCCUGAGGGUGCUUUUCUCUGGUUUGUGAAUUACAAUGUCGAAGGUCGGGCCAGAGUGAAAUGCAUAACUGGUACGGAUGAAGUUCCUAUAUCUACCCAAUGGGGUGAACAAGGUUAUAAAUAUCCCAUUCAAAUAGCACAAUAUGGACUAAGCCAUUAUAGUAUGUGGAAAGAAAAGCCCCCUGGAAAGGUCAAGAUUGUGGAUGACUGCGAGAGGACAGACAACCAAGAAUGGUCAGUCAAGGGUAAAGGGGCAUAUGUUCGGAAUGUAUAUGAUGCCAAGAAACAAUCAAAUGUUAUAGAGUUUGCAACUGGUGAAACACAGGAGGGCUUAGUUAUUCUGGAGCUUGGCAGCUCUAGCAGAACAUAUGUUCUAUCUCUUGAUGUUCUCUUCAAAUCCACUGGACAAAUUUCUAUCACAGUUGAAGUGGACGACACAAGAACCAUUGCCCUUGUCUACGAUACCAGUGAGAAGCUGCUGAAAACACAAAAAUCUCGUGUAACGUACGGAAUUGGUCAGACGCGCGAAUGGCGCAAAAUAUCACGAAACCUAAUGAUUGAUUUAAACAAGGCGCUUGGCGUAAGAGGUCGGAAGAAAAAAAGAGGCACAGGAAGUAAGCUGCGUAUCACAGAAAUACGAAGUCUUGCUUUACAAGGCGAGGGUUUUAUAGACAAUGUCACACUUAUGCAAAACAACCACGAAGCUGCUUUUCUUGCCUCAGCUCGCUGGAUGUUGAAGAACCAAGACAAGAAAGGUGGCUGGCCUAUUCCCGUUCAACGCAAGAUUAAGACAGGUGUUCAGCUGAAACCAGGUUGGUAUUCAGCUAUGGCACAAGGUCACGCAAUAUCGCUUCUCGUCAGGGCACACCACUUCACCAAAGACAAAAAGUACUUAAAUGCGGCCAAAGAAGCCACCAAACUAUUUCACGUUCUGUCUAAAGACAAUGGUAUAUUAGCAGUGUUUAUGAAUAAAUAUAAGUGGUAUGAGGAGUAUCCGAUGACACCAUCACUCUUUGUACUGAACGGGUUUCUAUAUUCCCUAAUGGGUUUGUAUGAUUUGAAAGAGACACUUCCACAAGAUGAAAGAAGCGAAGUUAAAAAAUUAUUCCAGGAUGGUAUGACUUCUCUUCGAGCUAUGAUUCUUAUGUAUGAUAGCGGUUCUGGUACCAUUUAUGAUCUACGGCAUUUAACGAUGGGUGUGGAACCGAACUUGGCCCGAUGGGAUUACCACGCUACGCACGUGAACCAGUUGACCUGGGUGACAAUGAUCAACGACGACCCUUUGUACAAAAACGUUCUUAAACGAUGGCAGGGUUAUUUCAAAGGAAUACGAGCGAAACACAACUGAUAAAACGAGAUCUUCUCUUUGCCAGCUGUAGUGUCAACGCACAGGGGUGAAAUAGUGUAAUGACAUGCCAUCUUAUGCACGAAAUUUGGUUGAAGUUUUACUGAGACAUUGAGACAAGUCUUGCGGAUUAAACUAUCUUAUAUUUUACGAGAUAAAUAUCUACCUUGUGUUAAGUGUACAAUAAUUAUUGUCAUAACACACAACCAAACGCAAAUAAUCGUGAAAAGUAAUUUCAUUUGAAUUCAAAUAUAAGAUAAACCUAA